AUGGCAGGAAUCAAAGUUUUCGGACACCCUGCUUCUACAGCCACGAGACGAGUUCUCAUCGCUCUUCACGAGAAAGAUCUUGACUACGAACUUGUUCAUGUCGAGCUCAAAGAUGGUGAACACAAGAAAGAGCCUUUCCUCUCCCGCAACCCUUUUGGUAAAGUUCCAGCCUUUGAAGAUGGAGACUUCAAGCUUUUCGAGUCAAGAGCAAUUACUCAAUACAUAGCCCAUGAAUACGCUGACAAAGGAAACCAACUUCUCUCACUUGGCUCCAAGAACAUGGCAAUCAUGUCCAUGGGCAUGGAAAUAGAAGCUCAUGAGUUUGACCCAGUUGCUUCAAAGAUUGGUUGGGAACGAACCUUCAAGCACUUCCUCGGUUUGACCACAGACGAAGCCGUUGUUGAAGCAGAAGAGGCUAAGCUAGCCAAAGUUCUAGACAACUACGAGUUUAGGCUUGGUGAGUCUAAGUACUUGUCUUGUGAUCAGUUCACUUUGGUGGACCUUCACCAUAUCCCUGUGAUUCAGUAUUUGCUUGAAACUCCAACUAAGAAGCUCUUUGAUGAGCGUCCACACGUUAGUGCUUGGGUUGCUGACAUCACUUCUAGGCCUUCUUCUAAGAAGGUCUUCGUUUAA